AUGCUUUCUAGUGUUAUUCUUGGAAAGUUGGCACAGCAGGCCACUCACAAACGUCUUGAGAGUCCACCCAUCGGAAGCAGAGAGGUGGCCCUCCUAGGCGCUGGGCACCUGAGCCAGUGGACUGGCCGGGCCGGACCGAGCUCUCUCCUUCACCCAAGCGAGCUCCCACGGCACCAACAGCCGCCCAACAGCCCAAGCGAAGGUUGUCGUGAUGCUGCCGAUCUCUGCCGUACUUUUGUGUUUUCUUGCUGCGAUAAUAAUCAUCCCAACUUCAACACCUGGGCUGAAGGGUCGCGUUCAGCACAGACGCGGAAGAGGUCUAAGAGGAGGGAACCGCUGGCCGUGAACCAAAGGGUUGUGGAGCCUCGAUCUCGGUUCUCUCCCUUUGCUCCCAGCCCCUGGCCAAGACCACACAUUCCAAGGAGCGCGACAACUAAACGGCGGCGCUUAGCGGCGACCUGGGCUGGGCGAAACCCUGUCUCGUGUCUGGUUGAGCCACGGGUCCGGGCGUUACUUUCCAGGGAACUGAAUUCAGACCAGAGUACCCGAAAUCCUGCGCCCCGGGACGGGGGGAGGAGGGGGAAGAAAAAUUUCCUUUUUCUCUUAGCCACAUCGGAAGCACAUAGCUCACAAGUCCUGCGGGGUCUGCGUAUCCUGGCCUGCGGAGGUGGUACCACGCCCCGCCGGUGGUCCUGCUCCCCAAAGCAGCCCGCGAAAUUCCUCAUCAGCCGCUACCGGUUCUCCUUCCUGACCCUGGUGCAGUGCCUGACCAGCUCCACCGCGGCGCUGAGCCUGGAGCUGCUGCGGCGCCUCGGGCUCAUCGCGGUGCCCCCGUUCGGCCUGAGCCUGGCGCGCUCCUUCGCGGGGGUCGCCGUGCUCUCCACGCUGCAGUCCAGCCUCACGCUCUGGUCCCUGCGCGGCCUCAGCCUGCCCAUGUACGUGGUCUUCAAGCGCUGCCUGCCCCUGGUCACCAUGCUCGUCGGCGUCCUGGUGCUCAAGAACGGCGCGCCCGACCCCGUCGGGUACGUCACGGGCGUGCUGGCGGUGCUGGUGCACGCCGCCUACCUGGUGCUGAUCCAGAAGGCGAGCGCAGACACCGAGCACGGGCCGCUGACCGCGCAGUACGUCAUCGCCGUCUCCGCCACCCCGCUGCUGGUCGUCUGCUCCUUCGCCAGCACCGACUCCAUCCACGCCUGGGCCUUCCCGGGCUGGAAGGACCCGGCCAUGGUCUGCAUCUUCGUGGCCUGCGUCCUGAUCGGCUGCGCCAUGAACUUCACCACGCUGCACUGCACCUACAUCAACUCGGCCGUGACCACCAGCUUCGUGGGCGUGGUGAAGAGCAUCGCCACCAUCACGGUGGGCAUGGUGGCCUUCAGCGACGUGGCGCCCACCUCUCUGUUCAUCGCCGGCGUCGUGGUGAACACCCUGGGUUCCAUCAUUUACUGUGUCGCCAAAUUCGUGGAGACCAGAAAGCAAAGCAGCUACGAGGACUUGGAGUCCCAGCCCCGGGGCGAGGAGAGGCAGCCAGGUGGAGACCAGCUGCCCUUCGUGAUGGAGGAGCUGCCCCCCGGGGAGGGAGGGGAUGACCGGUCCGGAGGCGGGGAGGAAGCAGCUGGUUCUACUCCACAGGGCGGCCUGGAGGCCAGGGGCAGCCCCGGAGGAGUCCGGCGUGUGGCUGGGAGCUCUGAAGAGGGGAACAAGAGGUCACUAAAGGAUGCUUACCUCGGGGUGUGGAGGUUAGUUAGGGGAACCAAGUACAUGAAGAAGGAUUAUUUGAUAGAAAACGAGGAGUUGCCCAGUCCUUGAGAAGGAAACGCAUGUAUGUGCGUGUGUACAUACACCUGUUUUAUAUGUUAAAAGUAACAUGUCUGAAUGAGGGGCCUCCCGGUUUUAUUCUUUGAGGAGUGGGAAUGGGAAGCAGAGAAAGAAGCUGAAAGGUACAGCCGAGCAGCAAAAUUAGCACCUGUGUGAAUGAUUUAGUGUGACUUUACCUGAGGCGUCACAGAGACAAAAGAAAGAGUGUGAAGGGAAAGCAGCCGCUUCUGCUUCAGCCCCUGGCACAUUCGCUUGUUGUUUAUAACCAUAACCAAAUAUCUGCAUGUACCAAGAGUCCCUAAGCCACCCCCUCCGAAGACGGAGUGUAGAAAUGAUGACAGCACUUAGUAAGUCCAAGGAUGGCAUUCAGGGGCACAUUGCUGAUGAUGGAACUACGGUUUUCAUCACCAGCCGGGCAAAGAGUAUAUUGUUGAAGUUACAUAUAAAUAUACUGAAUUGAUGUUUACCGUUUAUAGUCGUCUGAAAUACCAUGCUUACUCUAAUUUCCUCACUUUUUCAAAAAGUGCUCUAUUAUUCUAUUAUAUAUUGGUAGAACAUGUUAAAGCUAUUUUGAAAACGUGUGUUCUUAGCUUUCAUCAUGAAGUCGAAAGUUUGCUUGUAGUGAUUCUAAAAAUAUUUUUAAAGUUGUUUUGGUUUGCUGCUUUAUAAUAUUUAUUAUUGAAUGCCAUAACCUUUUUUAAAAAACCAAUUCGCCUGGGCCCAGUUUUCUUUCAAGCAAAUGCAGUGGCCACGCCGUCACUCAGGAUUCACUGCAGCCCAGCCAGGAGAGGGACCACCCUGUAAAGGCAAUCCCUUCCAGGUCACACCGCACACCCCAACCGUGUUACAAAAAGAGCAACCGCUAUAUUCACAUUAUGAUAUUUUUCUAUCUUAAAUUUGUCAAAAUAAAGUAUGAGUCUA